UUGGCUUAAUGAGUAGCACAAACUGGUGAGUUCAAAAUCGAGAACGUGGAGGUACAUUCCCGUCAAUUUUGGCAUACCACAGCACAAAGAGCUAAGUCUAACACCCUUAAGUUUGGGACUCCAACACCCUUAAGUUUGGGACUUUAUGACUAUAGUGUAGGAAUAUGAACAACAUCAUGUGAAGCAGAAGAAGAAGCAAGUUGAGAAUUUAAGCCGCGUGCAUUUCAAUUUCAUUGACCCUUCUCUUCAUUUUUAGUUCCCACCUAACUUUUCCCUUUCUCUCUUCUUCUUCUUCUUCAACCCCUUCCUCUUCCCAUUCUUCCCCCAUUCACCAAAAAUGGACAAUUCCACUCAAGAAUCCCACCUCCGAUCCGACAACAACUCCGUCACCUACGACUCCCCCCACCCUCUCUACGCCAUGGCUUUCUCUUCAAACCCCAAUCCCCAACACCACCAACGAAUCGCCGUCGGUAGUUUCCUCGAAGAAUACACCAACCGCAUCGACAUCCUCUCUUUCAACCCCGACACUCUCUCCAUCAAACCCCAACCUUCACUCUCCUUCGAUCACCCUUACCCACCUACCAAACUCAUGUUCCAUCCCUCAACCCAUUCCACCCUCCAAAAAUCAUCCUCCGACCUCCUCGCUACCUCCGGCGACUAUCUCCGUCUCUGGGAAGUUCGCGAGAAUUCCGUCGAGGCCAUUUCUCUUUUCAACAACAGCAAAACCAGCGAGUUUUGCGCUCCGUUAACCUCCUUCGACUGGAACGAAAUUGAGCCGAAACGAAUUGGGACUUCGAGUAUUGACACCACUUGUACUAUCUGGGACAUUGAAAGAGGGGUUGUGGAAACGCAGCUUAUUGCUCAUGAUAAAGAGGUUUACGAUAUCGCUUGGGGGGAAUCGAGAGUUUUCGCUUCGGUUUCUGCUGAUGGGUCUGUUAGGAUCUUUGAUUUAAGGGACAAAGAGCAUUCUACUAUUAUCUAUGAGAGUCCUCAACCGGAUACCCCUUUGCUUCGUUUGGCUUGGAACAAGAAGGAUUUGAGAUACAUGGCGACUAUUUUGAUGGAUAGUAAUAAAGUUGUGAUUUUGGAUAUUAGAUCACCCACCACGCCUGUCGCGGAAUUGGAGAGGCAUCGGGCGGGUGUUAAUGCGAUUGCUUGGGCUCCAAGAAGCUCGAAGCAUAUUUGUUCGGCCGGAGAUGAUACACAGGCUCUUAUGUGGGAGUUGCCUACUGUGGCGGGUCCGAACGGGAUUGAUCCAAUGUCUAUGUAUUCUUCUGGUUAUGAGAUUAAUCAGCUUCAGUGGUCUGCGGCUCAGCCGGAUUGGAUUGCAAUUGCUUUUGCGAACAAGAUGCAGCUUUUGAGGGUUUGAAUUUCAGGUCAGGGAAUAGUUUACUUGUAGUUUUGAAAGCCAAAUUACUCAUUGCAGUGUUUUGAGUUGUGUGUGAUUGAUAUGUAUUGAGUAGUAGUCUAGUCUAACUCGGUCAUGCAUUAAUUAUAGAGGACUCGAUGAUUCUUAUGCGUAUAUUGUAUUACUGUCUAAUGUAUGCAAUGGUUUCUUUUGGUGGUCUUAAACUACUGCUGUGUUUCACAUGUAAGAGUGAAUUGGUAGUGUGAUAGUCAAAGCAAACUAUUUUACGUUCAUGUUUUACUUAUAGCUGAAAUUGAAGUUGCAUUUGCUUGUUGAA